AUGGCACUUGGAAACAUGACCCACAUCACCGAGUUUGUUCUCGUAGGGGUCUCAGACCGACCAGAUCUCCAGAUUCCUCUCUUCCUCAUCUUCCUGGUCAUCUAUGGGCUGACAGUGAUGGGCAACCUGGGCAUCGUCACCCUCACCAGUGUGGACUCCAAACUGCAAACUCCCAUGUACUUCUUCCUCCGGCAUCUGGCUGUUAUAAAUUUUAGCAACUCCACUGUCAUUGCUCCUAAAAUGCUGAUCAAUUUUUUAGUAAAAGAAAAAACUAUGUCAUACUAUGCAUGUGCCACCCAGCUGGGAGGAUUCCUGGUUUUCAUUGUAGCUGAAGUCUUCAUGCUGGCCGUGAUGGCCUAUGACCGCUACGUGGCCAUCUGCAACCCCCUGCUCUACAUGGUGGUGGUGUCUCGGAGGGUCUGCCUGCUGCUGGUGUCCUUCCCGUACCUGUAUGGAUUAGGCACGGCUGUUGUUGUUACACCUUGUGUAUUCUCUGUGUCUUACUGCUCUUCCAAUGUGAUCAAUCAUUUUUACUGCGACAUCAUGCCUCUGUUGACAUUGUCCUGCUCAGAUACGUCUGUCGCAGAAACAAUAGUCUUUAUAUCUGCAGCUUCGAAUAUUGUUUUUUCAAUGGUGAUAGUUGUAAUAUCUUAUUUCAACAUUAUUCUGUCUAUUAUAAGGAUGCGUUCAGCAGAAGGAAGGAAGAAAGCGUUCUCCACCUGCGGGUCGCAUAUGAUGGCGGUUGCUGUUUUUUAUGGGACGCUGUUGUUCAUGUAUUUGCAGCCCCGAACUAACUAUUCUUUAGACACCGAUAAACUGGCUUCUGUGUUUUACACCCUGGUGAUCCCCAUGCUGAACCCCAUGAUCUACAGCCUGAGGAACAAGGAUGUGAAGGAUGCCUUGUGGAGAUUCAUGACAAACCCAUGGGACUUCUGUAAGGCAAGGUAG